UGUAAAUAGAAUUCGUAAACAAAUCGUGUAGCGUGGAGAGCUUAUCGCUAUUUAAUUAAAUAUCCGAACCACAUUAUAGCAUUUCCAAUGGGUUCUAGAAACCUAAGAGCAAAUCCUGCAUUUAAGGAAUACCAAGAUAUGGAGAGGGACGAAGAAUGGGCCAACUUCACAAAAAGAGUCGGUGAUGUUACCAAAAUAGUGCAUGAUUUGGCUAGUGGAGACAAAGCGAAGUCUGACGCGGCUCAAGCGUUAGCUGAUAAGUAUCUCGGAGGCAAAGUUAUUAUCGACGAUAACAUCGAAAUGAAAAUAAAGUCCGAUAGGACAGUAAUCAAUCAAAAAGCUUUCAGCUCUAUGGGAAAACAAGACGAGGGUGAAAUGGACAAGGACGCGUGGAUGGCAGAGGUGAGCAAGGACGCAGAGAAGCGGGCUCAGGACCGCAAGAUUCGUCGCGAGAAAGCAGACACUUUCAACACGCAGGCCAUCAAGGCGUUCCGCCGAGGGGAAUACGAUCGAGCCCUGUCCUGUUACAAUAGAGCUAUAGAACAGAUCAGGGACAACCCUAUGUUGUACUGCGACCGGGCGCUCACGAAUAUUAAACUUGGAAAAUACGACAAGGUAUUUGCCGACUGCGAUAUGGCCCUACGUAUUUACGAAAAUAGCUUUAAAGCGCGCCUCUACACAGCGAAGGCUUACAAAGAACUGGAGGAAUUAGAGAAGUACGAGACGUCCAGAAAGGAGCUAGACGAAAUGUUUCCUCAGCACGCAGAACUUAUCACAUACUUCCUGGAUAAGAAACAGCAGGUCGAAGAAGAAGAAGAAGAAGAGGAAGAUUAGGUCUUCAUCUGUCGUUUAGUUUUUGCGAAGACUUGUUUUAAUGUUGUGUCGAAUUGUGUUGGAAUUUAUUUUUAUUUAUUUGUUAUCUUUUUACCCACGUAGUUUAAAGGAGUGACGGUUCUUUUUAAUUAUGCUUGCUGAGAUUAGGUUAACUAUAUUGUUGAGUACUGCCCUCAUUCUUGUAAAACAACUGUUGAAAGGGCAAAAUACAAUGUCACUCAAGUUUACAUACGUGUCUCUUAUUGUGUU